AUGAGCAUCGAUCCCUCACUCCAGCGUUGUCGUUACUAUUCUGCGGGACGUUGUAACAAAGGUUCAGAUUGCAACUUCUCACACGGAAGCGAGGACUCUCUGGCAUCGGACUGCUGGGGUGAGUCUACCAGCGUUGUUGAAGCAGUUAACCACCUUGCUACUCACUCCCGGAACGAGCACCAAAAACUUUGUCGCUACUGGAAAGCGGGCAAAUGUAAAAGCGGUUCCGACUGCAAGUUCUCACAUGGAGCCGAGGACUCUCUAGCAUCUGACUGCUGGGGUGAUUCUACCGGUGCUGUUGAAGCAGUUAACCCCCCCGCUACUGGAUCCUGGGACGAGCGUCGGAAAACCUGUUCCUACUGGAAGGCCGGCAACCGUAAAAAUGGUUCCGACUGCAAGUUCUCGCGUGAAACUGAGGACUCUCUGGCGUUGGACUGCUGGGGCUCUUCUACCAGUGCAGUUAACCCACCCAAUACUGAAUCCCGGGGCUCGCCCCGGAAAACUUGUUCCUACUGGCAGGCGGGAAACUGUAGAAAUGGUUCGGACUGCAAGUUCUCACAUGGAACAGAGGGCUCUGUGGCAUCGGACUGCUGGGGUGUUUCUACCAGCACUGUCGAACCAGUAGACCUCGCUACUGAAUCCUGGGACAAGCGCCAGAAAACUUGUUCCUACUGGAAGGCAGGCAACUGUAAAAAUGGUUCCGACUGCAAGUUCUCGCAUGGAACUGAGGACUCUCUGGCAUCGGACUGCUGGGGCACUUCUACCAGUGCAGAUAACCCACCCGCUACUGAAUCCCGGGGCGAGCCCCGGAAAACUUGUUCGUAUUGGAAGGCAGGCAACUGUAGAAAUGGUUCGAACUGCAAGUUCUCACAUGGAACAGAGGACUCUGUGGCAUCGGACUGCUGGGGUGCUUCUACCAGCACUGUCGAACCAGUAGACCUCACUACUGAAUCCUGGGACAAGCGCCGGAAAACUUGUUCCUACUGGAAGGCAGGCAACUGUAAAAAUGGUUCCGACUGCAAGUUCUCGCAUGGAACUGAGGACUCUCUGGCGUUGGACUGCUGGGGCACUUCUACCAGUGCAGAUAACCCACCCGCUACUGAAUCCCGGGGCGAGCCCCGGAAAACUUGUUCGUAUUGGAAGGCAGGCAACUGUAGAAAUGGUUCGGACUGCAAGUUCUCACAUGGACCAGAGGACUCUGUGGCAUCGGACUGCUGGGGUGCUUCUACCAGCGCUGUUGAAGUAGAUAACCCUCCCACUAUUGAAUCCUGGGGCGAGCGCCGAAAAACUUGUUCCUACUGGAAGGCGGGCAAAUGUAAAAAUGGUUCGGACUGCAGGUUUUCACAUGGACCAGAGGACUCUCUAGCAUCGGACUGCUGGGGUGCUUCUACCAGCGCUGUUGAAGUAGACAGCCCCCCUGCUACUGAAUCCUGGGACUGCUGGGGUGCUUCUACCAGCGCUGUUGAAGUGGAUAACCCCCCCACUACUGAAAUCUGGGAGUGCUGGGGCGCUUCUACCGGCGCUGUUGAAGUAGAUAACCCCCCCGCUACUGAAACCUGGGAGUGCUGGGGCGCCUCUACCGGCGCUGUUGAAGUAGAUAACCCCCCUGUUACUGAAUCCCGGGGCGAGCGCCGGAAAACUUGUUCUUACUGGAAGGCAGGCAACUGUAAAAAUGGUUCGAACUGCAGGUUCUCACAUGGAACCGAGGACUCUCUGGCAUCGGACUGUUGGGGUGCGUCUACCAGUGCUGUUGAAGCAGUUAACUCCCCUGCUACUGAAUCCGGGGGCAAGCGCCAGAAAACUUGUUCCUACUGGAAGGCGGGCAACUGUAGGAAUGGUUCGGAUUGCAAGUUCUCACAUGGAACCGAGGAUUCCGUGGCAUGGGACUAUUCGGGUGCUUCUACCAACGCUGCUUGA